UUUUCCCUUCCCCUCGAGUUCUUGAAACUUUUGAUGCCAGGGUUCGUUGAUGGGGAAAGCCAGGGUUUGUAGAUACUCUGGUUUGCGAACUUGUGCUUUGACAUCUAGGGUUUGGGACGCCUAUCAUGAAAGGAAGGAUAGAAAGAAAGCCUUUAUGAUCCGAAGUCUAGGGCUUGGAGCUCCUGUGACAGUCAACGCUGCUUCAGAUACUCAGAAAUAGAUGUUGGCUCUAGAUUCCAUUGGUAUCAAAAAUAAUCUUUUGUGUGCAAGCAAAUUUGUCACAUUUUGGAGGUUUUUUAGAGGCUUAGAAACUAAGAUUGGAGGUUUGUCUCUGGUUAGUAACGGCUGAUGGUGCAUCUGUUGUUCCUGGGGAAUUAAAAUAGCCAUUUAUAGAAGUGGAUAAUAGAGUUGUAUAGUUUGUGUUCUUUGGGAACUUGUUGUAUGGUUGGUAAAGUUCAGUUUUGCCAGGUCUUUAGAGGAAUUCCAUUGAUGAUUGUGAUAUAUGCGUGGACUGUGAAUGUACAUCAUAAUCUAUAAUUGGACAUCUUUAAAAUAUAUGAAAUUCUGGUAUUUAUCUUGUAUGUUUAUAUACCCUGUUCUGUUCCUCGUGUUUCUUAGAGUUUUAAGUUUUGGAGUUAAUCCCACUCUCAGGAUGCUUGGCAUAUUUUUUUGGGAAAAACAUGACUGUGGCAUUUUUUUUCCUUUCGUGCUUAAUAAUUGCUUCAUUUGAAUGUUUUCUACCUGCAUGUUGUGACAUUGGAGAUGACACUGGAACAGUGAGAGUUCACUACCGUUUGUUAGUGCAUGGAAUUGUUUUUGAUGAUGAUGCUCAACAUGACAAUUCAAACCAUUCUAUAGUUUAUGCUCGACAAACUGUGGAAGGUAGAAGGUGCAAGGAAAAAGAGGCAGGAAGAAGAAAGUGGAAGGAAAAAGAAGCAAGAAUGUGUAAGGGGAAAGCUACACCAUCCACAGCAUUGAGUUGUCCACCAGUGGCAAGAACCAGAAGUAUGAAGGGAAAACUGGUGAUGGAGGAUGACAAAUUUGAUCACCCAAAAGCAUUUUCAGUUCCAUAUCCAGAAGCCAAAAAGCUGCUUCAAAAUCUGUUAAUGUUUACCAAAGGGACACUACUACCUUUAUAUGAUCUCCAAGAGAGAAUCCUGAACAUGUUUUCUUGCAAUGGAUGGAAAAGUCUUCUAGAUUUGAUAAGCCAAUAAGAAGAAGCAGCGCUACACAUUGCCUGAAGAUUUUAUUGAGAAAAAGAGAGCUUACUUUGCAGAGAUUGAUUCCUUUGAACUGUCUGAGGAGGUCGUCUCAGAGAGUGAACUGGAAUAGAGCCUACUUUAGAGAUAUCAAUACCUUUGAACUGCCUGAGGAGACUCGCGAAGAGCAUACUGGAAUAGUAGGGGAACAGAGGCCUAGAUCGGGAUUCUACUUUACGGUAAGAUACCAGCAGAGUGCUAACCCGGGGGAAGCAUGUACGGUGAUAUCACCAUAUAAGAGGUAACUGGGGAUUUUGGCAAGAAUUUAGUUGCCACCCCAAUGAAAAAUUGACCAGUGGAGCGCUUGCCUAUUGAUUGUAGCUACUGUGAAUUAGAUUCUAGCAGCUUGCUUCACUAGAAUUACUAACCUGUUCUGUGGCCGUAUAAAAACAACUGAUCAACUUUAUUUCUUUCUAAGCUGAGUUCCAUUUAUUGGGCAUUGCCCUAACCGGGCCUACAAGAAUGUAAUAUAUGUAACAAUGAUAGAAACAGAUUUGUGGAAAAUAGCAGAAUUAGCUCCGACUGAAAA